ACUGUCACUGUCAUUGACGUUCGACCGACUUGCGAAAGGAGAACCACUAAAUGCUAAAAUUACUAAAAUAACGAACAAACACAAGGCGAAAUUACUUAUCUUUCAUUAUUUUUAUUUAUAGUGGAAUAUUUAGAGACUACAGAACAAAUUUCUUCAAAUAUACUGUUUGAUUUCAUCGUGCAGUAUAUUGCUCAUAAUUGCCGAAUUUAUAAUGUCUUCAUAUGUGGAUAUGAGUUUAGAAGAUAUAAUUAAAAAGAAGAGACAAAAUACGAGGGUAAACAAAGCUAAAGUAAAAGGACAACCUCCACCCAAAAAGUUGCCUAUUACUGACGCUAGAAAUAAAAUAAUUUCAAAAAAACGUACACAAAUAACAGAUGCUAGAGAGAAGUUAGCACAACUUGCUAAACAGAAAGAUGCCAGAUUAAAAUUAGAAAAGUUACGUCUCGAAAGGGCAAGAAUCACUGGGCCUGGUCCUGUAAGAAAUACUUUCCCAAACAGAACUAAAUUUAUGAGGACAAACCCACCACCUAAAGAAAGAGUAUUUACAGAUUCUUCAAGGCAGGUGGUUUCACAGCCAUUUGGUGUAACUAAAAUGGGUGUCAAGCGUCAUAUUAAUUCAGGAAGAAUCAAUGAUCGCCGCCCGGUAGAGAAGUCGAGAUUUUUUGAACAAAUUCAACAAAAACCAAAACCAAUACUUCGUACUGUUGAAAAUGAUUUGGAAAUAAUUGAUGAUCCUAUGGGAGAUGAAUAUAUACCCAAAGCAACUUCAUUAAACCGCAAAGCAAGCUUGCAGCUCAAAAUUGUUGCUCAUAAUAAUGACAUCCGAGACUGCAGGGUUGCUACUAUUCAUAGAAACACCAUUGUAGAAAAGGAGAAAAGUCCACCAAGGCCACCGUCUAUUUUGAAAAAGCGCCCAAUGGCAGCUAUGCGAAGUGACAAGGUUCAAAAACCGGAAAAGCCACAUUUGGAGUAUAGAAUUAUUGUGAGCAAUUUACGAAACACAGUCACAGGUGGAGAUAUUGAGGAAUUGUUUGGAGAUGUUGGUGGGAUGGUGGAGUCAAGACUGGUGCGACCUGGAACAGCUGAAGUGAUCUACAAAACUCAAGAAGAUGCACAGAAAGCAGUUGAUUUGUACCACAAUAGACAGUUAGAUGGACAGCCAAUGAAUUGUCUACUUGUCACACCAAGAUCACCAUCCACAGCACCCAGAACCAGUAACAAGCCUGAACUAUAUAGCACAAAUUCAAAUGUUGAGCCUGACAUUUCUACUUUCCACAAGGUAUUAUUCAGUAAUUUGUAAUUUACUUUUAUGAAUAUUUUUCAUUUCAUGUUCACUAGUGAGUCACUUGCAAUAUCAAACAGAAUUGUUAACUUUAAAAUUGUGUAUAUCAUAAUUAAAAUGGUGUUUGUGAGCAAUUUAUAAUUUGUGUUAUCUAGUACCUUAGUUAUUUUGUCCCCAUUUGUAACUUUGUGAAUAAAAUUUAGGAUUCUAAGAAGAUCUAUCAUUGUAAGUGAACAAUUUUAUCUUCAAAAUACUGAGCCUGACCACUGAACUGCAGCCAAUUCUCUUACAACUACAAAAAGAGCUGUCUUUGUGAAGUUAUAACUAUACUUUCAACUAUACUAUUGUUUAUGACUGAUAAUAGGGACAUUAAAGAGUAUCAAGAAUUUUACUCUUAGUCCCCCCUUAGUAGGUAAGGUAUAUGAUUAGAUAAAAUUGUAUUUUCAACUUUUUGUAAUGUUUGGCGGCCUCGUAUGUGAAAUUAAAGAUGUUUAAGAGAAUAAUAUGUACCUCGAUUUUUUCCGACUACGGCAGGCUAAAUAUACCAUAUUAUGUUGUAGAAUUAAUACAGUACUUGGCAGACCUAUGUAUUCCGUAAUCCAGUUUGAAUAAAUUAGCAUUUUGUAAAUUCAUUUCUUUUGUAAAUUAUAAAAUUUGCGUAAAUGUUAUAUACAUAAGACUUGCCUACCAUAUCUUAUAAUAAAAAUGUAUCCAA